UUUCACUCUCGGGGGGCGGAGCUUUGGCUCGAGCCCUGCCUGUAUCUUUCGUGUCUGCUCGGAAUUCAGGGGAAGAGCUGGACACAAGCUGGUCCUUCGGCGGAAGUUUCGAGUAGAAGUCUGAUUUUUUUUUGUUUUUUCGAGACAUCUACAGAGAGAUUUUAAUAUUUGGCCUCGUUCUGCGCCAAGGAAGCAAUGAUGGCAAUGCAAAUGGGUGAACAUGAUGGUAUGGUGAAGGUUACAGAGUGGCAAAAGACGUAUUAUACAACGGAUUCAGGCAUCCAGUCGGGAGCCACCACAGUGCGUACAGAUGACGAUGGGACAGAGUACAACAAGAAAUACACCUACACCACCACCACAGUUACUGAGAACCCUGCAGACAUGGAGGCACAGUACACCAUGACCAGAGCCCAGCGCGUGAGGCAAGCCAUGUUCCCUGAGACUAUGGUGGAGGGGACGACCGUUUUGUCCACCCAGGUGGAUUCAACCCAGCAGACCAACGUGCAGAGGCUGGCCGAACCUUCACAAAUGCUCAAGGCAGCCAUCAUCCACCUGAUUAACUACCAGGAUGACGCCGAGCUGGCAACCCGCGCCAUUCCUGAGCUCACCAAACUCCUCAACGAUGAUGACCAGGUGGUGGUGAGCAAGGCGGCGCAGAUUGUGAACCAGCUGACGCAGAAGGAGGCGUCCCGGCGUGCUCUGAUGCAGUCGCCCCAGAUGGUGGCGGCUGUGGUGAGAGUCAUGCAGAACACCAGCGAUAUGGACACGGCCCGCGCCACCACCAGCAUCCUGCACAACCUGUCACACCAGCGUGAGGGCUUACUGUCCAUCUUCAAAUCAGGAGGCAUUCCUGCACUGGUGCGCAUGUUAAGCUCUCCUUUGGAGCCAGUGCUGUUCUACGCCAUCACCACACUCCACAACCUGCUUCUACACCAGGAGGGGGCCAAGAUGGCCGUACGUCUGGCGGACGGCCUGCAGAGGAUGGUGCCACUCCUGAAGAAAUCCAACCCUAAGUUCCUGGCCAUUACUACAGAUUGCCUUCAACUUCUUUCCUAUGGCAACCAGGAGAGCAAGUUGAUAAUCCUGGCUAACGGAGGCCCUGAUGCCUUGGUGCGGAUCAUGAGUAUGUACAACUAUGAGAAGUUGCUGUGGACCACCAGCCGCGUACUGAAAGUGCUGUCAGUGUGUCCUAGCAACAAGCCGGCCAUCGUAGAGGCUGGUGGAAUGAGUGCUCUGGGAAAGCAUGUGACCGGCUCUAGUCAGCGGGUGACACAAAACUGUCUGUGGACUCUGAGGAACUUGUCUGAUGCUGCCACCAAACAGGACGGCCUGGAAGGGCUGCUGCAGAUUUUGAUCGGACUCCUCGCCAACGAUGACAAGAACGUUCUGGCUUGCGUGUCUGGAACCCUGUCGAAUCUGACGUGCAAUAACGCCCGUAACAAGACAUUUGUAAGCCAGAACAAUGGUGUUGAGGCUCUGAUCCAUGCGCUGCUGCGUGCUGGAGAAAAGGAGGAUGUGGCUGAGCCCGUCACCUGUGCCCUGCGCCACCUCACCAGCCGCCACCAAGAUGCCGAGCUGGCACAGAAUGCUGUGCGCAUGCACUACGGCAUCCCGCCCAUCGUCAAACUGCUCAACAAGCCACACUACUGGCCUGUUGUUAAGGCAGUGGUCGGCCUGAUCCGUAACCUGGCGCUGUGCCCAGCCAAUCAGCCACAUCUCAGAGACUCUGAUGCGAUUCCCAAACUGGUCAGUCUGCUAAAAAACGCCCACCAGGACGCUCAGAAGCACGGUUCAGCCAGCCAGCAAACUUACCAGGAUGGUGUGAGAAUGGAGGAGAUUGUGGAAGGUUGCACAGGAGCGCUGCAUAUCUUGGCCAGAGAUCCUGCUAAUAGAGCCAUGAUCACUGAUUUGAAUACCAUCCCACUGUUUGUGCAGUUGCUCUACUCCCCAGGAGAUAACAUUAAGCGGGUGGCUGCUGGAGUGCUCUGUGAGCUGGCUCUGGAUAAGAAUGCAGCUCUCUUAAUUGAUAGCGAGGGUGCCGCUUCCCCGCUCAUGGAACUGCUGCACUCCAACAAUGAGGGCAUCGCAACAUACUCGGCUGCCGUGCUCUUCCGCAUCUCCGAGGACAAAAACGCUGAUUACAGGAAACGCAUGUCGGUGGAGCUCACUCACACUCUGUUCAAACAUGAUCCAGCAGCGUGGGAAGCGGCGCAGAGUUCAAUGAUGAUGGAUCCUGGCUUUAUGCAAGAAGAUCCUGACCUUCGCUUUGCUAGUGUCGGGUUUGGAGGAUAUGAUGGGGAAAUGGGUGACGAUUACCCACAAGCCUUUGACACAAUGGGCCGAGGCUACACUGAUGCUUGCUAACAGAAUACUAAUGUUUCAAGAAGAGCACUAAUCGAGGAAACGCUUCGUGAGUGAAGACGAGGGACAAGCGGCUCUGCGCACACACACUACUGUAUGAUAUGCAGCGAUCACUGUGCUGUGAGGGGAGGAAUGGCAUAUUACUCAACACUGCCUUCUCACACAUUGAAUACACACAUUGUCUUACCUUCUUUUUUUUUUUUUUUGUAGAAAAUGUAUUUUAAGGGUUACUUGGGGGUUUGUAAACUCAUUACACAAGAGGAACGGUAAUCUACCAAAGAGAUUUUAUCGAUUAUACUCAGUUUUGUUUUUUCUUAAGCACAUAGAGAAAGCUGGCAGCACUGAGACGGAACAGUGCAAAUCAAUUGACCCCAAUUCAGCUUUAAGCUUUAUCCACUGAGGUUUUAUGGGUUUUAAGGGACAGAUAAGCACAUAAACGUAACCUCUCUUCCCACAGCACAGCUUUGUUAAACCCACCAUAGGGCUGAGCAUUCUAACACAUCGUAGUGUUAUAUUAACUCAAGCUUUUAAACUCGAGCAUUUGUGCCAUAAUGAUGGACAUGUGACUUGCAAACUUACUUUUUAUCAGUUACUAAAGUCAUUGUAGUGCAAAUUUCUAUACUUUAUUCUGGCUUCUUUUUUUCUUCCUUGCACAGCAGCCACAAAAAUAAAUGAUUGUACUUUUUAAUCACGUUUAAAAUCUUAUUUUCUCCAGAGCAUUGGGUAAUAUUUUUUUUCCCCCCUCCCACCUUGUCCAGUUCUGCCCCCUGCUGCACCAUGUGGUCAUGUUUUAAAAUGUUUUGCCUACUGAUCAUGAUGUUCAUUUCUCCUGUAUCACAUCAUAACACUAUCGACUAAACAGGAUUCUACAACAGUCAAGCUGUGGCCAGGUUCAAGAGUUGAUUAUAGUUUUUUUUUUUUCCCCCUUUUAGAUUCUAGAUCAUUGGCAUUACACAAUGAUGAUUAACUCUGAGUGGGAAUGUUGGAUGUGUGAUAAUUGUCUUUAUAGUGUUUCUACAUCAUACUUUAUAACAAAAAAAAUCUACAAAAUAAAAUCAAUCAGUUACUAACUGAA